AUGUCUGAAUCAACAAUAGAACAAGCAAAACGGGAAAUUAAUGAAUCCUUAAUCUUGAGCGCAUUUUGUAUGCGACGCAUCGGACUCUCGUUCGAAAAUCCUAAAAAUGCAUCGGCUUAUCUGCGUCAAAAGCUGAUGUUUGCAUUAUCUGUCUGUAGCAUUUGCUACCACGUAUUCAGUGAAAUCGCCUUCAUAGGUCUCACGUUGUCUAAUUCGCCACGAGUAGAGGAUGUCGUUCCACUUUUCCAUACUUUUGGAUACGGUGCUUUAAGUAUAGCGAAAGUAUUCGUGUUAUGGUAUAAAAAAGAUGUGUUUAAACAACUGCUUCAAGAACUAGCUGGAAUAUGGCCGGUACCUCCGCUGGAGGAAGAAGCGCAAACCAUUAAGAAUAAGAGUAUCGACGCGCUGCGUAUUACACAUCGCUGGUAUUUCUUUAUGAACUUGUCUGGUGUUUGGUUCUACAAUUUGACUCCAAUUGGUCUGUAUCUGUUCAAAUUAUUAAUGGGUACAAAUGCAAAGAUUGGAUACGUCUGGGUAUCAUGGUAUCCGUUUGAUAAACAUCAACCCGUUGCCCAUGUUGCGGUUUAUCUAUUUGAGAUAUUCGCUGGUCAAACCUGUGUUUGGAUAAUGGUCGGCACUGACCUCUUGUUCUCCGCAAUGGCUAGUCAUAUAAGUCUAUUGUUACGACUGCUUCAACGACGACUUGAAGCUAUUGGCAAUACCGAAGGGUUCACCGGAGAUCACUACGAAGACAUAUUGGCGAACAUCAAACUGCAUCAGCGGCUUGUGACAUACUGCAACGAUUUAGAAAACGCUUUCUCCUUGUCAAACUUUGUGAACAUAAUGAUGAGCUCUGUUAACAUCUGCUGCGUAAUGUUUGUUAUUGUGUUACUGGAACCGUUACUGGCUGUGAGCAAUAAACUAUUUUUGGGUUCGGCACUAAUUCAAAUCGGAAUGCUGUGUUGGUACGCUGAUGACAUUUUUCAUGCGAAUGCAGAUGUGGCGGCCGCGUCGUACAAUAGUGGCUGGUACCGUACUAAUCCCCGGUGCCGACGUGCCCUGCUUUUCCUUAUUAAGAGAGCACAAAAGCCUAUAGCGUUUACGGCAAUGGGUUUCACGAAUAUCACACUUGUCACUUAUUCGGCUAUACUGACGAGAUCCUAUUCGUACUUCGCAUUGCUGUACACAAUGUAUAGUGAAAAUUAA